AUGCUACCUCUAUCAGCACUUCGUUGUCGACCAGUUCGUCAGUUACCGCUAAGGCUACAUACUGAUCCCACCCAGCGUGACAGAUCUCGCUCGCGCCGUCGCUCCCGCAGUCCUCGUCGCAGCCGUCGCUCUUACGAUUCCAGAUCCCGCUCACGCUCGCGUGACAACUACAGAAGAGACGAACGCAGGUCCCGCUCUCCCGUGAACGGAUCAGCCGCCGCUCCCAACUACGCAGCCAACAACGCCUACCCUUCGGAUCGUGAAGGCGGUGCCGCCGCAGCAGCAGCUCCCAGAAACUUUGAAGAGCGCGUUGUCGCCAAAGAACAAAUGAUGCAGAACGUCCGCGAACACUCCCAACAAGACCGCCGUGUCUACGUUGGAAAUCUCUCCUACGAUGUCAAGUGGCACCACCUGAAGGACUUUAUGCGCCAAGCGUANGCUGGUGAGGUGAUCUUCGCCGAUGUCUUGCUUCUCCCAAAUGGAAUGUCGAANGGUGGGCUCAUGAUUUUUUGGCUGGUUUCCCUGGCUAUGCUUGUUCCGAUGCUCUCUGUUUGUCAACAAACGUUGACCUGCUACAGAAUUGUGGAAUAUGCAACCAGAGAUCAAGCUCAAAACGCGGUCAACUCUCUCUCGAACCAGAAUCUUAUGGGUAGACUCGUCUACGUUCGCGAGGUGAGUGCUCGUCCCCUGUUUGGAAGACUGACUAUCAUAGCUCAUUUUUCGUCUCACAGNGACCGCGAAGCAGAGCCCCGUUUCAGCAGCGGUGGUCAAGGCGGCGGUAUGCGUGGUGGCUUCCAAGGAGGCCCAAUGCGCGGCGGCUUCGGCGGUGGCUACGAUGCCAUGGGCGGCGGCGGCCCUGGUAUGAUGGCUGGUGGAAGCCGCCAGAUUUACGUCUCCAACCUUCCCUACACAGUUGGCUGGCAAGAUCUCAAGGAUCUCUUCCGUCAAGCUGGUGAGCUCGAAACUGUGCUUGUGGCGUAUGCACAAUGUACUGACCUGUGGUGUNNAGCUCACACUGGCACUGUCGUUCGCGCUGACGUCCAUGUCACCCCUGACGGCCGCAUGAAGGGUUCCGGUAUCGUCGCCUUCGACAACCCGGAUGAUGCUCAGGUCGCCAUCCAGCAGUUCAACGGAUACGACUGGAACGGUCGCGUUCUCGAAGUCAGAGAAGAUCGUUUCGCUGGCCCACCUGGUUUCGGCGGUGGCCGUGGUGGCUUCAUGGGAGGUCGUGGAGGCUUUGGCCAGCAGCAGUUCGGCGGUCGUGGAGGUUUCAUGGGCGGUCGCGGCGGCUUUGGUGGACAGUUUGGAGGUCGUGGAGGAUUUGGUGGCGGCUUUGGUGGUGCUCCUCCCGGUGGAUUCCAUGGCGGCCCUCCUGCUGCUCCCGCUCCUCCUAACCCUUUCACUGACUUUGCAACUUCUGGCGGCGAGCCUGGACCUGUCAUCUAUGUCCGCAACCUGCCCUGGUCUACUAGCAACGAGGACUUGGUCGAACUCUUCACUACCAUCGGCAAGGUCGAACGUGCUGAGAUUCAGUACGAGCCCAAUGGUCGCUCGCGCGGAACCGGUGUGGUCGAGUUUGGCAGCCCNAAGUUCUCCGGAUACCAAUACGGUGGUCGCCCUCUUGGUUUGACCUAUGUCAGAUAUUCCAACCAGCAGCCUGCCAUGGACCCCAUGCAAGGCCAGGAACAGACCGGCGGUAUGCCCAUGGGUCUUACCCAGGACCAGAUCAUGUAA